AUGCCCGUUGUAGACAAAGCUACAAACACGGAAUUCUUUCCAUCUACUAUUGACCAUCGUCGCUUUCUCGGAUUAACAGUGAAAGACUUUCUUAUAUUCGUCAGUCAACUUCUUCUUCCUCUCGUAAUAGGCAUAUUCACUGUGGUUAUUACAUUCGAUCAACGGAAUGAAAACCGUAUUCAACGUGCUGAAGAUCGACUUAUAGCUGAACAACAACGUUUACAUGACAAACAGCUAGCAGCAGAGAAACGCGAAGCUGAUGAUCUCAAUGCUGCGAUUCAAAGAAAUAUGACCCGUGAUCAACGAAUUUAUGAAAUUAAUAUCGAACAAGAACGAUAUAAGAAAGAGAACGAGAAAUAUCUUGAUGCUUUAUUACUGUCUUAUUAUAAUGAGAUGGGUGAAUUAUUACAAAAAAACAAAUGA